AUGCCGUCCGCUCCUCGUCGCUUCUCUUAUGCUUCAGUCGUCUCUGGUGUUGCCAACGACCAACCCAGUUUACCUGCUCCUGCUCUCGCUCAUCAUUUGAAUUUUCAUAUUCCUUACUACACGGGAAAUUCCGCCGCCAGCAUUAAUACUACUUCUACCGCCGCCGCCACUACAUCUCUCCCGUCAACUGCAGUUACUACCUAUCCCCCGCUUACAUCACCUUCAACGACCAACUCCACCCCCAGUUCAACCUCAGUCACUGCCACGGAUGCAGACAUGCAGAUGAACUACGGCGCUACGAGCGCCGGCUGGAGGAGGUCCAGUGGGCUUCCUCCUUAUUCCCGGCAGUUUGCCAACAUCCCCGAAUACGCUGGUGCAACAAGAAGUCCCAGUGCAGGUGCUCUGACAAGUGCUGGCACAGGUCUAUCAACAACCACAUCAUCGCCAGCUUUAUUGAUAUCAUCAUCCUCUACAUCAACACCGUCAUCUCCAUUCUACGAUCCUUCCUUUUUCGUCCCAUCCUACCUCCGAAACUCCCGAUAUGUGGCUCGACUGGAAUCUGCCCGACGCUCCAAGCUAGCAGCCACUCAACGUGAAUCUCUCCAACAACAGCAACAACAACCAUCUCUAUCCGCAUCGUCAAGCCAUGUCAGCCUCCACCGUAUGGCGCCUUCGCAUCGCGGCAUGACAUACGAUAUAGUCGAGAAGGAGCCUGCCGUCACCACCGCCGCCGCCGCCGCUCCUCUAGAAGACAAGCCGCAACCAUUGCCAUCUCGCUGGAAUGAGAGUGAUAGACAUGAUGGGCUCGAUUUGACGAAUGAUGGCAUGGAGGUGCGGUAUAUGGGCCAUGUGCACAAACCGGAUCAUGAGGCGGCGUCUGUACGGUCGGAUUUUCCGAUGCCGCGUGAAGCUGGGAUAUACUAUUAUGAAGCUACUAUACUGGUUAAACCGAAGGAUGCAGUAAUUGCCAUCGGUUUCUCAUCGCCUAGAGCGUCGUUGGAAAGAUUACCCGGUUGGGAUAAUGAGUCAUGGGCGUACCACGGAGACGACGGCAAGGCCUUUAUCGGUGAGAAUCAAGGUCAAGGCCGGCCGUUCGGUCCUACGUUUACUGUUAAUGACACCAUCGGCUGUGGGGUCAAUUUUACGACGCGAAGUACUUUUUUUACGAAGAAUGGAAUAUUGAUCGGUACCGCGUUCAAGGACCUUCCGGCAUCGAAAAGUAUAUCUUUUUACCCAUCUAUUGGCAUGAAGAGACAUAAUGGCAUGCACGUGAGGGUCAAUUUCGGUCAACAGCCAUUUAUGUACGACAUUGACGGCCUGGUCAAGAAAGAAAAACACGCCCUUCUUAACGAAAUUAGUGAAACAAGCACUGCCAACCUUCAACCUCCCCUGGAUGAGGCUGCUCUAUUGCAGGAACUGGUGGCUCAGUUUCUUGCUCAAGAAGGCUAUUACGAAACUGCUCGGACGUUUGCGGAAGAAGUGCGUGAAGAGUCUGUUACUCUGGAGAGUGGGCAGUCGCGGUCGCUGUAUCAACAUGAACCAGGAGAAGACAUUGAUACAGCAAAUCGGCAGAAAAUACGCGCCGCUAUUCUGGAAGGCGACAUGGACAGAGCAUUAAAGUAUACAAACGCAUACUUUCCCAAAGUCCUCCAAGACAACCCUCAUAUACUCUUCAAACUUCGAUGUCGAAAAUUUCUCGAAAUGAUGUGCAAAUGCAGCGACUCGUCGAGUGCUGCGACAACCGAAAGAGUCAAAGACAGUGGGGAAGAGAUGGAGGUGGACGAUGGAUACUCGGAUGGCGAAGGAAUGGAGACUGAAGAAUCAGCACCAACGACUACAGCAGAUGAUUCUGCCAAAUUUCAUGACUUACUUACCGAGGCCGUACAAUAUGGACAGCAAUUACGUAUGGAUUAUCCAUCUGACGAAUAUGGAGGCGACAAGCAAUAUCUCGACGAUAUCUUCUCGCUGGUGGCGUAUCCGGACCCUCGAUCUUCGGUCCAUGGACAUCAUUUGGAUGCUUCGGGGCGAGUUGCAGUGGCUGAUGAUUUGAAUGCCGCUAUAUUGGUAUCACUCGGAAAAUCAUCAACCGCCGCACUGGAAACCAUCUACUCACAGACUGAGGCCCUAGUCAACGAACUGAGUGAAGAUGGCGGUGCGGGGGCAUUCAUCAAUAUCCGAAGCGACUUUUUGUCCUAG